AGAGGAGUGUGGGAGGUGUGACAGUGAUCGGUAUGUACAGGAGAGGAGUGUGGGGGGUAGGACAGUGAUCGGUAUGUACAGGAGAGGAGUGUGGAGGUGUGACAGUGAGGACUAUGACAGGUAUGUACAGAGGAGGAGUGUGGGGGGGGUAUGACAGUGAUCAGUAUGUACAGGAGAGGAGUGUGGAGGUAUGACAGUGAUCAGUAUGUACGGGAGAGGAGUGUGUGGGGGGUAUAUGACAGUGAUCAGUAUGUACGGGAGAGGAGUUGUGGUAGUGGUACACCCUCGCCCUGUACAGUAUAG